AUGUCGUCAUCUCCUAAUCGGCCUUGUAGCUUGACUCCCGCUGGCCCUUUCCUGGAGCUCCGCGAGCCUGUGCAUAUGAGGGAGGAGGAGUGUGAACAAAUCUGUGGCGUGUGGUGCCUUUGUGGGCUUAGUGAGGAGGCUUCAGUCUCUGCCUAUUGCAGACCUAUACCUUUGGAGAUCGAGGUGCUCAGCUCUGAACAUCAAGAGGGGGACCAACAUCUGGAUGCUUUGAGUUCAGAGCUCUUUCAUUUCUUGUUCAUUGUGGAUGCUCCAGCCAGUGGGAAAACGACGAAGGAUCCACCAUCGCAGCACUGUGAAAGCCACACAGUGGAGAUCCAUUGCACGCUGAACUCAACAGAUUGGCGUGUGCCAGGAGUGCAAAAGCUGGCCCUUCUGGCCACUGGCCGAGUCUUUGGCCGUUAUAGGGAGCUGAUUGGAAGCUGUGAUCGUUGGUGUUAUCAUGACCAAGUGCGUGGCUGCAGUGCAGGUGUGGUGUUUCUCCGAGAUUGGGGAUGUAUCUUGUGCUUCACGCGAAGCCGACUGGUCCGGGUCCACUGGCUCACACGGGAGGACUACAUCCCAAGGUCUCCCACAACAAUGCCAGUGGUUUUUCUGGGCGUGAGGCUGCAUGGUUUACGUCAAGUCCAUCAGUUGGAUGGUUUCGAGGUGCGGAAUUCCUUGUGUACAGUAGCUAUUGGUUGGCAGCUCCGCUUGGGUGGAUGGCCAAGACCUCACAUCACAUUGGCCUGGACGCUGGGUAAGACCGCCAGUAGUUCAAGUGAUGCCUUUGUGCCGAAGUCUUGCAUUCGUUUGGGAAAGCUUGAUGGGCCCUUGACCUUCCAAAUCACUUCCAAAUGGUCAUCAGGUGGUGGUUACAACCUCUCAGCUUCCCACCACAUCGCCGACUGCAUUGACACCACCCGCUUCCCCAUGCGCAACGACGGCGGGUCACCAGGCUCUACGGCGUGGUGGCACAUCAGUGGCGAGGCGCUGCAGUUGGAGGAGCUCUGCAGCGAGGCGCCGAGCCGGCGAUGGGUUCCGGGAGACUUCUCCGUGGAGACCUUGGAGUUUUAUUGA